GAAGCUCGUAAUUAGAUAGAGAGAUUAUAUUGAGAGUAAGAGAGAGAGGGUUGGGAAGGAGAGAAAGAGAAAGUCUCUCUGACUCUGAGGCCGUAAUUGAGACUGAGAUCGAUCCUUGCCUUGCCUCGAUCAUCCGUCUUCGAAUUCGCAGCAGAGAGAGAGAGAGAGAGAGAAUGGGAGAGGUGGCGCGUGGAGGUUGUUGCCCUCCGAUGGAUCUGUUCCGUUCGGAGCCGAUGCAACUGGUUCAGCUCAUCAUCCCCAUCGAAUCCGCUCACCGCACCGUCUCCUACCUCGGCGACCUUGGCCUCCUUCAGUUCAAAGAUCUCAAUGCAGAUAAGAGCCCUUUUCAACGGACUUAUGCAGCUCAGGUGCGUUUGGUUUCUGAUAUGAUAAACCACUUUUUUUCUUUGCUUCUGGAACCUGAACAUAAUGCUCUUUGUGUAGAAAAGUUCGAUGAAAAUGUUUUGCAGUGAAUUGUUUUGAAUGAUGAUGAUAAUUAAGGCCUAUCAUAUAUCGCUGGCCUUGUCUGCAUUGCAUGCAAACUAACUGCUUGACAAAACCUUUUGAAAGUGAUAAUUAUGUGGAAAUGUUUUUACUUUCUCUUUGUCUGCUCUUUUUUGGGAAUGAUUUUUUUAUUUGAAAAUGACAUCCGUUUUGCCUUUUUGUUGUCCUGUUUAUCUUUUCAUUUUAAUUGAUGUGCCAAGAAUUCUCCUUCAUUAUAAGAUCAAUGGCUAGUGAUGCAGAGAAGGGGGGGGGGGUUGAGGAGAUCCUGGGUAGUGUAUUGUGGAUAAUUUUGAGAGUUUUCCUCUGGAGUUAUUAUUUCUUGCACAUUACUUAACCUUGGAAUUUAGCUUUUGGUACAUAUAUUAAUAGUAUGGUUGGACCGUAACUUGUAUCUUAAGGAGGCGUCUUUAGCGCAUCAACUGAUCUGGGAUAAGCCUGUUUGGCAUCUAUUUGGUCAUUUGGUGUAAAGCACAUUAAUCUUUUUUAGGAGGUUUCCUGACGAAUUUUGCUGAUGGUUUGGAUAGUUUUUCUCCAUUGAUGUUUUAUUUUUCUCUCUGUUAUUUUUUUGUUUUGCAUUUACAUUGUUAAGUAGGAUUUGUUGUCCUCCAAAAUCAUUGUAUUUCUUUCUCUGUUUAUGAAUUUCUUGUUUUACCAACAACAAAAUAUUGAUAUUAUGUUCUUAAAUAUGUUUGGGGAUGUAUAUAUUGGUCCUUGUGAAGAUAAAAAGGUGUGGAGAGAUGGCUCGUAGAUUGCGUUUUUUCAAGGAGCAAAUGUUGAAGGCAGGUGUUUCACCAAAAUAUUCCACAAUACCAGCUGGUGUGAACAUUGAUGACCUUGAGGUGAAACUUACAGAAAUUGAGUCAGACUUAAUUGAGAUGAAUGCAAAUGGUGAAAAAUUGCAGCGCUCAUACAAUGAACUUGUGGAGUAUAAGCUUGUUCUGCAGAAGGCUGGGGAAUUUUUUGUCUCAGCUCAAAGUCGUGCCAUAGAGCAGCAGAGAGAAUAUGAAUCACGUCAUCUGAGUGGUGAAUCGAUGGAAACACCUUUGUUACAGGACCAAGAAUUGACAGGUGAUUCAUCAAAGCAAGUUAAGUUGGGAUUUUUAGCAGGUCUUGUUCCCCGGGAGAAGUCCAUGACAUUUGAGAGAAUUUUAUUUCGAGCCACUAGAGGAAAUGUAUUUUUGAGGCAGGCUACUGUUGAGGAUCCUGUCAUAGACCCUGUUUCUGGAGAAAAGACUGAGAAAAAUGUGUUUGUGGUCUUCUAUGCUGGUGAAAAAGCAAAAGCCAAGAUUCUGAAAAUAUGUGAAGCCUUUGGUGCUAAUCGUUAUCCUUUUGCUGAAGAACUUGGAAAACAAGCUCAAAUGAUUACAGAGGUUUCUGGAAGACUUUUAGAAUUGAAGACCACUAUAGAUGCUGGACUCUUGCACCGCGACAACUUGUUAAAUACUAUUGGGGCUCAGUUUGAGGAAUGGGAUCUAUUGGUGAAAAAGGAGAAAUCUAUUCACCAUACCUUGAACAUGCUAAGCCUUGAUGUGACGAAAAAAUGUCUUGUGGCUGAGGGGUGGAGUCCUGUUUUUGCAUCUAAGCAGGAUGCAUUACAGCGGGCAGCAUUUGAUUCUAAUUCUCAAGUCAGUGCCAUUUUUCAAGUUUUGCAUACUAGGGAGUUGCCACCUACCUAUUUUCGCACAAACAAAUUUACUUCUUCAUAUCAAGGAAUUAUUGACUCAUAUGGGGUUGCUAAGUAUCAGGAGGCAAAUCCUACUGUGUAUACUGUGGUCACCUUUCCAUUUCUUUUUGCUGUAAUGUUUGGUGAUUGGGGGCAUGGAAUUUGUUUACUGCUGGCAGCUCUAUAUUUCAUACUAAGGGAGAGGAAGCUUUCUAGCCAGAAGCUUGACGACAUCACAGAAAUGACUUUUGGAGGUCGCUAUGUUAUUUUGUUGAUGGCACUCUUCUCAAUUUACACUGGCUUUAUCUAUAACGAGUUCUUUUCUGUCCCAUUUGAAAUCUUUGGUCCCUCUGCAUAUGAAUGUCGUGACCUUUCUUGCAGGGACGCUACAACAGUGGGCCUGAUAAAAGUGCGUCGCACUUACCCUUUUGGAGUGGAUCCUGUAUGGCAUGGUACUCGAAGUGAACUACCAUUCUUGAACUCUUUGAAGAUGAAAAUGUCAAUUCUUCUCGGAGUUGCUCAAAUGAACCUUGGAAUUAUAAUGAGCUAUUGCAAUGCCAAAUUCUUCAAGAACAAUGUAAACGUGUGGUUCCAAUUUAUUCCCCAAAUGAUAUUUCUGAACAGUCUGUUUGGUUACCUAUCCCUUCUAAUCAUUGUCAAGUGGUGCACUGGUUCUCAAGCUGACUUGUACCAUAUAAUGAUCUACAUGUUCCUGAGCCCAACAGAUGAGUUGGGGGAGAACCAACUCUUUGUUGGCCAGAAAAAUCUACAGCUUGUGCUUUUGCUUCUGGCUUUUGUCUCUGUGCCCUGGAUGCUAUUGCCAAAACCCUUUAUUCUGAAGAAGCAACAUGAAGCGAGGCAUGGGGUUGAAUCCUAUACACCACUUCAAAGUGCAGACGAGAGCUUGCAAGUUGAGUCAAAUCAUGAUUCUCAUGGUCAUGCGGAAUUUGAGUUCAGUGAAGUCUUUGUUCAUCAACUCAUACACACCAUAGAGUUUGUACUUGGAGCAGUCUCUAAUACAGCUUCCUACCUCCGUCUAUGGGCCCUUAGUCUUGCUCAUUCAGAGUUAUCAAGUGUAUUCUACGAGAAGGUUCUGAUGAUGGCAUGGGGGUACAAUAAUGUGAUUAUCCUGAUAGUGGGUCUCAUUGUCUUCAUUUUUGCUACCGUUGGAGUGUUACUUGUCAUGGAAACUCUGAGUGCCUUCUUACAUGCGUUACGACUUCACUGGGUGGAGUUCCAAAACAAGUUUUAUGAGGGCGAUGGUUACAAGUUUCACCCUUUCGCGUUCUCAUUGCUAGACGAUGAGGAAUGACAUCCCUCUAAAGUAGCAUUAAUAAGAAUGAGGAGUUAUAUAGCUUUGGACCGGAAUUGAUUCUUUCAUUUGAUGGUGUAACAAGUCAGUGAUUGGUAUCUGCGCACUGCGGCAUUGUAUGCGAUGAAAUCCUUGGAGCUUUUUCAUCGAACAUCGUGCCGUAUUUUGUUUAUUUAUCCAUUGAGGGAAUAAAUAUUUCCCAAUUAGGGGAGUAACAUUGUACGAGCUAGGCAGGCGUGGUCAGGUGUAAUAAUUAUAAUUUACAAAAUAACUUAAUAUUGAUAUCUUAAUUUGUUUUAUUUUACAAUAAGUAUCCCUAGUUUGAUGUCUU